AUGAAGGCAUCGUGGCAUACGCAAACACUACUAUGGGCGGCAACCACCACAGCCCUGGUAGCCCGUGAUCCUGAGCCAUAUCAUUAUCAACCAUGCACUGGGGAUUACUGCUACGACGUCUCUUCUCUCGAACCACGAUUCUUCCCUGAGCUGGAGUCUGAACGCCUCCGAAUCUCCUACGGCCCCUUCACCACCCCCCCAUCUCACGAGAACAACGGCCAUUUCAAAACCUACUUCCGCACCAACCCCCCAUGCUACGACUGCUACCUCACCGCCAUCAAAGCCACCCUCCAGUACCCCAACGGCACAACCGCCAACACAAACACCUCCCUCUGGCUGCACCACGUAGCAAUCAUGAACCUAGUCCAGUCCUCCACCACCUGCCCAGACGGAGCAGAGAUCGUAUUCGCGAGCGGGAAUGAGAGGACCGAGGCAAAGAUCUCGCUUGAUGGGACGGUAUCCGCGGGGUAUUACAUCAACCCCCACGAUCUGUUGUUCCUCUUGCCUGAACUGAUGAACACAGCCCACAUCACACAGGAAGCGGUCAUUGCGGUUGAUUAUGAGUUUGUUACUUUGUCCGAUCUGUCUGUUGAGGCUGGAAUGAAGAAGGUCACGCCGGUAUGGCUGGAUGUAGACGGGACUUGCUCGCCUGAUGCGGGAGCUGUCACGGUGCCGAAGGGGGUAGGGGAGAGGUUUAGUCUGGAGAUGGAGCCGGAUUGGAGGAGUGAUAUAAGUGGGGAUAUUGUGUAUGUCGUGGGGCAUGUCCACGAUGGGGGGACGGGGGUGGAGGUGAGGAGGAAUGGGAAGGUUGUUUGUGAUGGGAGGGCGAAGUAUGGGGAGACGGAGGGGUAUAUCUCUGACGAAGGUCAUUCAGGAGGCUACGGGUAUGGAGAUGAUGGUCGUGUUGAUAGAAGGCAGCGGAGAGCUCUAGGGAAAGGGAAGAGCAGGGGGAAGAAAAAGGGAAAAGGCAAGGGGACAGUGCCUGAUUAUGAUGAUGGUGACGAGGAGCUUUCCACUCCUCCGAGACAGGGUCUUCACAUCUCCAGUAUCAGCACUUGCACCCUCCCAGGCCGGAUCGAAAAGGGAGACGAGUGGACUGUCGAGGCGAACUAUGACUUUACGAAGCACGCGCCGAUGGUACACGGGGGAGGGUUGGCGCCGGUGAUGGGGAUAAGUCUGAUGUAUGUUGUAGAAGAUGGGCAGUGA